AGAAGGAGGCGGCGGAGGAGGAGGAGCAGCUGAGCCGUUUCCAAACAUUGCUCCACCUUUGCAGAAUGUCUGCGUAAAGACGUACGUAAAGAAACGGAAGCCGCGUGCGUGCGUGCGUGCGUGUGUUUGUGCAUGAGGUGAGGAGCAGCACAGACGUUUUCAGGCAGUUUCACCUCAUUCCUGGUGGAGUCUGUGAGCACGGACAGCGACACCAGGCCGGUGCGACGCAUCAUCACCACCUGGCUUCGGCUGCAUCUGGACCGAGCCUCGGUAACUGUUGGAGUAGACGACACGGUCGUUGUUUUCAUUCAUCUUUUUCAUAUUUGGCUUUUUUUGGGAACGUGGACAACGAGCGAGCUGUGACCAUCAGGUGCACAGCAGAGAGAGAGAGAGAGACAGAGAGAGAGAGACAGAGAGACAGAGUGCUAGACCCGCCCAGGAAAGAUGGCCAAGGCAGACCAGCGUUUCGGUCAGCGGGAUGGCUCGGACCAGAACUUUGACUACAUGUUCAAGCUGCUCAUCAUCGGGAACAGCAGCGUUGGGAAAACAUCCUUCCUGUUCCGCUACGCCGACGACUCCUUCAGCAACUCCUUCGUCAGCACCGUAGGUAUCGACUUCAAGGUGAAGACGGUUUAUCGUAACGACAAGAGGAUCAAGCUGCAGAUCUGGGACACAGCUGGUCAGGAGCGAUACCGUACCAUCACCACGGCCUACUACCGCGGGGCCAUGGGUUUCAUCCUCAUGUUUGACAUCACCAACGAGGAGUCCUUCAACGCCGUCCAAGACUGGGCCACCCAGAUUAAGACAUACUCUUGGGAUAAUGCCCAGGUGAUCAUGGUGGGCAACAAGUGCGACAUGGAUGAAGAAAGGGUGGUGCCUCCAGAGAAGGGCAAACACCUUGCUGACCAGUUAGGCUUCGAGUACUACGAGGCGAGUGCUAAGGAGAACAUCAACGUGCGGCAGGUCUUCGAGCGCCUGGUGGACAUCAUCUGUGUGAAGAUGUCCGAGCGUGUGGACGUGGAGGUGCCAACGGCCCCAGGAUCCAAGACCACCAGACUGACGGACAAGCCUGCCCAGCUACCUCAGAAGUGCUGCUGAUCAUCCAUUGUCUGCCCCUCCCUCCUCUCCGCCCCCAUCGUAUUUGCCUCCUCCCUCCCUAAUGCCACAAAAUUUGAAAAAAAAAAAAAAGUUAACUAUUGUAACAUUCCUUCAAACACACACACACACACUCUGCUUCAAUCCAUGUUUGUGAGCAGUCAUUAAUCGGAACACUCGUUGCAGUGUUUACAGCUGCUUUCAUUUCCUCCAUGUCCUCACAGGGGUGAUGUUUAAUACAGGCGAGGAGGGGUGAGGACAGUGGUGUCCUCUAAGUACGAUCAGAGUUGGUGUGAACUGGUCUGGCCUAGCAAUGAGGACCAGCCUGUAGUGGUCCACAUGGGACUGUGUUAACGUUCCACACAUCUGUGUGUGUGUGUCUGUGUGUGUGUGUGUGUGUGUGUGUGUGUGUGUGUUUGAUCUUUGGUCUGAGUGUACAUAUACAUGGUUACGCUCGUUACAUGAAUGGACCCUAACAGGACGUGAUGGUCACUGAUGUGUUUAAUAACAAAAAGAAUGCACUCCUGUAGAGACCUGUGGAGAGUCCACUUCACCACCGCACCACUGAAAUCAAAUAAAAGCAGCAGCUCACUGCUGAUGAAACAUGA